AUGUCUAUCAUAUCAGCUACCGAGAUACCGACUGUAUCACUUCUCUAUCACUUGAAGAAGUUGUCCCCCUACAAAGCAACCGAUGCAGACGAAUUACCUCCAACUCCAAAUCAAUUCUUCAAUGAUCGCAUCGGCUUGAUUCGUGGUGAUAUCACCCAUCUCGGAGUCGAUGCAAUUGUUAAUGCAGCCAACAACUCUUUGCUGGGUGGAGGAGGUGUUGACGGAGCUAUUCAUCGCGCUGCUGGACCCGAUUUGUUGAGGGAAUGUCGAACUUUGAACGGUUGUAGGACUGGAUCAGCAAAGAUCACCGAUGCCUAUGAGCUACCUUGUAAGAAAGUCAUCCAUGCUGUCGGGCCGGUCUACGAUAGCUAUAAGCCUGAAGUCUCUGAACAAAAUCUCGAAGGAUGCUACAGUACAAGUUUGGAUUUAGCGGUCGAGAAUGGUUGCAAGACCAUCGCGUUCAGCGCCUUGAGCACCGGAGUUUACGGUUAUCCCAGUGAUGAAGCUGCCCCCGUCGCACUUAUGACUGUUAGAAGAUUCCUUGAGAGUAAGAAGGGUUCGAAGAUGGAGAAGAUUAUUUUUUGCACCUUCGUUCCCAAGGAUGUUGCCGCUUACAACGAAUGGAUUCCACGUAUCUUUCCGACGACCGAAUCCAACGCCGACGAUGAUUGGGAGGAAGUCGACGAAGUUGAAUCUGCUGAGAAUGGAGCUGUGUUAGCAAAGGGUACUGGUUCAGCCAAGGAUAGUUCAGAAGCGAGCAAGGUUGAGCUUCCAGAAGUUCCAACUAAGGAGCCAAUCGAGGAUGGAGGACCUGCUGCAAAGAAGCAGAAGUCUAGCGAUGAUAAGAACCUUUUGAAGUCAAAUGGCCAAUUGGAUUUUAGCGAUCCUAAAUCGGUCCAGCAGCUCACAAAAUCGCUAUUGAAACGGGACUUUGGUCUGAAUUUGACACUUCCAGACGACCGACUCUGCCCACCAGAACUUAUUGAUACAUCAAGUGAUAUCUAUAACGACUCUUACAACCCUAAUCGACAAGUUCAUGGGCUUGAUAUUGGUACUGGAGCAAGUUGCAUAUAUCCGCUUUUGGGUUGUGCUCAACGUGCUUCAUGGAGAUUUACUGGAACAGAUAUCGAUGACAGGAGUAUUGCUUUUGCCAGAGCUAAUAUCCAAAGUAAUGGACUGCAAACCCGGAUUCAGCUCAUCCAGACCAAAUCAAAAGGCCGGUUGAUACCUCUUGAUGAGAUAGGUUGUCACAGUUUAGACUUUACACUUUGCAAUCCACCAUUCUAUACUUCAGCCGAAGACCUAAUCUCUUCAGCAUCUCUUAAACGGCGACCUCCAUUUACAGCUUGCACCGGUUCCGCAACGGAGAUGGUCUGCGAAGGUGGAGAAGUGUCUUUUGUCUCACGGAUGAUAGUUGAAUCUUUGCAAUUACGAAAUGGAGUUCAAUGGUAUACUUCAAUGUUGGGGAAGUUCUCAAGUUUGUCGAAAGUCGUUGAGCAGCUAAAAAAACACAAAAUCGACAACUAUGCCGUGACAGAAUUCAUACAGGGCAGUAGGACGAGAAGGUGGGCAGUAGCGUGGAGCUUUAAUGACAGAAGACCGAGUAUUGCAGUAUCUCGUGGUUGUAAAAGUUUGCAGAAGAGUCUACUGCCAUUCCCAGCAGAGCAAACGAUUACGGUUAGCAUGCGCGACAAAGCUGUCAUCGCUACACGGCUACACGAUAUGCUAUCAAAACUCAUUACGCUUUGGAGCUGGGAGUCCGCGAGAUUCAUUGGUACAGGCUUCUGCGAGAAAGCCGUUUGGUCUCGAGCGUCACGCCGGCAUCUAAGUGAGACUAAUGAUGAGAAGUCAAAUGUUACCUCGAAAGGUUUGCCUGAAGAUAUGGCUUUUGGGUUUAAAAUCACAUGUGGGGACCACGAAGAAGAAUCUCCAGGAACGAAAGUUGCUAUUCGAUGGUUGAAAGGUCACGACAGUGUUUUAUUUGAGAGCUUCUGUGGCAUGAUAAAAAGAAAGUUACAAGACAUGUGA